CAAACAAACAAACAAUUUUCUAGAGUGAAGAGCGUUUUAUUGUUCUCUCUACAGAGUUUAGACUUGGUGAAUAGAAAGCUCAAGAGACUCACAGAGAUACAGCUACCUGCUCUUCUGCUGCCCACAGUGAAAGACCUACACAAUAAAAGCAUUUGUCUCGGUACAACUUGCUUUAGAGAAGCCAGUAGUUCUUGUUACUUACUAAAGCAUCCAUCGAUUGCUCUGUGUAGCUACUGUGAUAUUCUCUGCUAAUAUCCAGAUAUUUGUAAUUGGUCUAAAGUAGAAAGCUGCUACUAUGGUAAACGACACGUUUGUUCGUCCUGCAACGUUUUAUCUCAACGGGUUUUUCAACCUGCCUCAUGCUACAUAUUUCUAUGUGUUCCUGUGCUUCGUCUACAUCAUGACUGUUGUUGGGAACGGUUUUCUGAUGUCUGUGAUUUACCUGGUGAAGACUCUUCAUUCUGCUAAAUACAUGAUUGUGUUCAGCCUGGCUUUAACAGAUCUGUGUGGCAGCACUGCUCUCAUCCCUAAAGUCCUGGACACGUUCUUGUUUGACAGGAGAUACAUUGUCUAUGAGGCGUGUUUGAGUUACAUGUUCUUUGUGUGGUUCUUUGCCUUCGUUCAGUCAUGGACACUCGUCACUAUGUCUUUUGACAGAUUCGUUGCCAUUUGCUUUCCUUUGAGGUACCACAGUAUUGUGACCAAACCAGUUGUGGCUCUGAUUCUUUUCUUUGUGUGGUUUUGUUCAUCAGGUUUCUCAGCGAGUGCUGUUGGGCUCAUCAGUCGUCUCUCAUUUUGUGGGUCUUUAGUAGUACCAAGCUUUUUCUGUGACCAUGGGCCUGUCUAUCAUCUGGCCUGUAAUGACAUGUCAGUAAAUUAUAUAAUGGGAACUUUUGCUUUGAUUGUAUUUGACUGCAUUCCUUUAAUACUAAUAGCACUGACGUACGUGUGCAAUGCUGUCGCUCUGAGGAGGAUCGCAUCAGGAGCAGAACGACUCAAAGCUCUGAAAACUUGUACUUCGCAUGUUAUUCUUGUUGCUAUAUUUUUCCUACCACUACUGGGCACAAACCUAGCUGUUAUGACGUCCUACCUUCACCCUAACACCAGGACCAUCAGCUCUAUUUUGACACAUACUGUACCAGCUCUGCUUAACCCUAUCAUCUACUCUUUAAAGACUGCAGAACUUAUGAAGUCUGUUAAGAAGCUUUGGAAAAACAACAGACUUAAAAAUAUAACUUUAACUAAACUAUGAAC